AUGUUUUCCCGUCCAGAUCACAUCUUGCCUCGAUAUGGCGAUUUCAUCUACAAGACACUACUUUGUACCAACGCCUUGCAGUACCUGUUCAAGUUUCACGUUCCCCAGCCGACUUGUGUCUUCUGUGGCUCGAACGAAACGUACCACCACUUUCUGUUCAUUUGCCGGUACGGCCAAUCUGUGUGGCAGUACUUCAAGAAUAUACAGCAAGUUUUGGAGUGUCCAUUCCCGCGCAACGAACUCGAACUGUUUUUCGAGCUCCCCAAGCCGCCGGAUGGCUAUUACGUCCGUGGGUAUCUGAAGCGCGCCGAUCUCAUGUUUCGUCCCGACCUGCCAUUGAAGACUCCAUUGGAAACGGCAAUUCAUGCCGCCAACCUCAUUUACCUUAACUUGACGAUUCUUCUCCGGGAUUUACCUCCCCAGAAGGGCUACACGAAAGUCUUCAACGUCCUGCGAGUGCUAUCCGACAUCCGUGGUUGA